AUGUUUUGGUCGUUCCAGGGCGCUCGUGUGUGGAUCCCCGACCCGGACCAGGUGUGGAGAUGCGCCGAGCUCACCAAAGACUACAAGAAUAACAUCGUUGCUGUUGUCUACGACGAUGCGCAGACAGAGGACCUGGUCGUCAAGAACGACGAGGAGCUGCCGCCGCUGCGCAACCCCGACAUUCUCAUCGGCGAGAACGACCUCACGUCCCUGUCGUACCUGCACGAGCCCGCCGUGCUCUACAAUCUGCAAGUGCGCUUCUGCAACCAGAAUGCCAUCUACACGUACUGCGGUAUCGUCCUCGUGGCCAUCAACCCGUACGAUGAGAUGCCCAUCUAUGGCCCCGACACCAUCUCGGCGUAUCGGGGCCACUCCAUGGGCGACCUGGACCCGCACAUCUUUGCCGUGGCUGAAGAGGCCUUCACACAGAUGGAAAGAGAGAACAAAGACCAGAGUAUUAUUGUCUCAGGAGAGUCGGGUGCUGGGAAGACCGUGUCUGCCAAAUAUGCCAUGAGGUACUUUGCCACCAUCAGUGGGUCUGAUUCAGAGACACAGAUCGAGAAAAAGAUCCUGGCGUCAAAUCCUAUCAUGGAAGCCAUUGGUAAUGCCAAGACAACUAGAAAUGACAACAGUUCUCGCUUCGGAAAGUACAUAGAGCUGGACUUUACACCCAGCUACAGCAUCAUGGGUGCAAACAUGCGAACUUACCUCUUGGAGAAAUCCCGCGUUGUCUUCCAGGCUCCAGAUGAGAGAAAUUACCACAUAUUCUACCAGUUGUGUUCUGCUGCAGAGCAAGGAAAGCUGCCUCAUCUAAAAUUAAGUCAUCAAGACAACUUCCACUACCUCAAGCAAGGCAGCAGCCCGCACAUCGACGGGGUGGACGAUGCCGAGGACUUUAUUGAGACUUGUAAGGCAUUCAGCCUCCUUGGCAUCAAUGAGGGGAUGCAGGAACAGAUCUUCAGAAUAUUGGCUGGGAUUCUACAUCUGGGGAAUGUGGUGCUGGAAGAGGGUAAUGGAGAUUCGUCAGCCAUCAGUACGGGAGACAAGUCCCUAAAAACCGUUUCGGAGUUGCUAGGCAUUGAUUUGGAGGACAUCCGGAAGUGGCUCUGCAACAGGAAAAUUGUUAGUGGGAGAGAAGUCUUCACUAAGCCAAUGACAUUGACUGAGGCUGUUUUCUCAAGAGAUGCAUUAUCAAAGCAUAUUUAUGCUAAGUUGUUUGACUGGAUUGUCACUCAGAUCAACAAGUGUUUUGCAGCUAAAGCCAAGCCAUAUAGAUUUAUUGGAGUGCUUGAUAUCUAAUAGGUUUUUGAAACCUUAUCGGAAUUAAUCAGCUUUGAGCAGUUUUGCAUCAAUUAUGCCAAUGAAAAAACUGCAAGCAAACAGUUUUUUUCAAUUCACGGUAAUCAUGUGUUCAAGCUUGAGCAAGAGGAGUAUGUGAAGGAGCAGAUUGAGUGGGAGUUCAUCAACUUUUAUGACAAUCAGCCGUGCAUUGACCUCAUCGAGAGCAAGCUAGGGCAUCCUGACUUGCUGGACGAAGAGUGCAGAAUGCCCAGGGGUUCAGACCAAUCCUGGGUAGAGAAGCUUUAUGACAAGUGCAAGAAGUGGGAGCAUUUCAGCAAGCCUAGGUUGUCAAACACUUCGUUCCUCAUUGCUCACUUCGCAGACAAGGUCGGCUACGAGUGUGCAGGAUUCCUGGAGAAGAACAGAGAUACUGUCUCUGAGGAACAGAUCAAUAUUCUCAAGUCUAGUCAGAUUGCUUUAGUUCAUUCUCUGUUCACGGAGAAGGAAAAAGGAGCCCCUCCUACCAAAGUGAAGGUCCUGCCCACUGGGUCGAAGUCCAAACAGAUGAAGAAAACUGUUGGGUCUCAGUUCCGUGAUUCCCUGAACCUGUUGAUGAUGACGCUUAACUCAACGACACCUCACUAUGUGCGGUGCAUUAAACCUAACGAUGAAAAGAUGGCUUUCACAUUCGACCCGACCCGAGCCAUCCAGCAGCUAAGGGCUUGUGGUGUCCUUGAGACUGUGAGAAUUAGUGCUGCAGGAUAUCCCUCACGAUGGACUUAUAAUGAAUUCUUCUGUCGUUAUCGUGUCCUAUGUAAUUCCAAAGACAUUAAGAGGAAUGACAUGCGUCUAACCUGUGAAAAGAUCAUUGGCAAUAUGAUCAACGAUGAAGACAAGUUCAAAUUUGGCCGCACGAAGAUCUUCUUCCGGGCAGGCCAGGUGGCCUACAUGGAGAAGCUUCGAGCAGACCGUCUGUCAGCAUGUGGUGUCAUGAUCCAGAAACACGUGCGGAUGUUCCUCCACCGCAACCGCUACAGGACCAUGCGCAAGGCAGCUGUUACCAUCCAGAAAUAUACCAGAGGGCUCAAGGCACGAAGACAUGUGCAUCACAUCCGAAGAACUGCGGCAGCUAUUAAGAUUCAGGCAGCUAUUCGAGGAUGGGUCAAGCGGGUACAGUACAAGAGGCUGGUUUAUACAGUCACUCAGUUGCAGGCACAUGCAAGAGGUGCUUGGGCUAGAGAGAAAUACCAGCACAUGCGCAGAGUCAGAGCUGCUAUUAUUAUACAGAAGAAUGUGCGAAUGUGGCAGGCUGUCUACCACUACAAGAUGGCCAUGAGAGGCAUGAUCACUCUGCAGGGUCUGGUCCGUUGCUUCCUGGCCAAGAAACAGCUGAAGAAGCUGAAGAUUGAAGCCAGGUCGGUGGAGCACCAGAGGAAGCUCAACAAGGGUCUCGAAAACAAAAUCAUCUCUCUGCAGCAAAAACUCACGGAGGCUAAAUUGGAAGUGGGCAACGUCAAGACAUACAAGGAGGAGAUUGUUACCCUAAAGGAGCAGCUGUCUGAGAUGAAGGGAGUGGAGACACAGCUAAAGAACUCUAGUAAUCGUGUCAGUGAACUUGAGGCGAUGGUAGCCAAGUUGACACAAGAGGUUGAGGCUGAGAGAGGUGAGAAGAUGGAUGUCCUUUCUGAAAAGGAAAGAGCGGAGAAGGAGAACCGUGAAUUAGUCGAAAAGCUCAAUGCAGAAAAUGCCAAGCUUACUGAGGAACUAAUGAAUGCCAAGAAGGAAGAGGCCAAGAAAGAAGGGGAAGAGCUGCUGAAACGCAAGUACGAGGCUGAGAAGCAGCAAAUGAUCAUGGAGUACUCUGAAGAGAAAUCCUCAUACCAGCGGCUGUUGAAGGAGUUCAACCGUCUGGAGCAGAAGAAUGAACAGCUAGAGGAACAGAUGGCAAAAAUGACGGGUGGCAACUCGCACAAGAGAACAGCCAGUAAUGUGAGCAACUUGAGUGGGGCAAGUGAUGCGCCAACAGAAUUGGUGCGUGAUGAUGCAUCAGAAUUCAACUCAAUCAUAGUCGAUGAUGAUGUGGGAUAUGGCUCAGUCCGCAGUCGAGCGAGCGAAGCAUCUGACAAUAGUAGAAACCUCGAGUCGAUUGAUUGGGGUUCACCUCAGAAGGGUGACACUUCAGAAAUCAGGAUUCCUGUGCCAGAGAAGCUUCAGGAGUUGGAGAUGGAGAAUGCCAAGCUGAAGGACGACUUGAAUCGCCUGCGCAAAUCCAUCGCCGAUUCAGAGCCUCAGAAUAACCGCAUCCAGGAGUUCAUGAAGCAAUUUGAGGCCCUGCAAGAUGAGCUGGAGCGGCGUCGUGAAGAGUGCAUCCAGCUAAGGACAGUGCUGGCCAACCGAGCCCAUGACUUGCGGUCCCUCACCCAGUCCUCCUAUGGGAAGGAUGUGGACAUUGUGAACGAGGAUGGAGAACUGGCCAUUGCCUACCAGACGCAGAAACAAGUCAACAGACAACUGGAGGAUGAACUCAAGAGCGAGAAACAGCGUCACCGAGAAGCUGAGACGGAGUACAAGUCUGAGCUGGACAGGCUGCGCAGGGAUAAUGACCGUCAGCAGAAGCUUCUGGCUCAGAACCUCACUAAGGGAGGUGGAUCCCAGCCAGAGACUCUCCUCCAGUCAGAGAUCAUGAGGCUCACAUCCGAGAAUUUGAAUCUGCAGGGACAAGUGGACAACCUCACCGAGCAGCUCAAGAAGUACAAGAGGUCCCUUAAGGCAUAUGCGAAGAAGAUCAAGGAGUCGGGUGGCGAGUUUCCAGUCCAGAGUUUCAUUAACGAGAGAGCUGAAAGUUUAUUCAGGAAGAUGCCUGUGCCCGUGUGCUUUUUCCAAUUAGUGUACAGUCAGGCGACCUUGAGAACCCACGCCCACUCCCCCAGGACCCACUCCCACGCCCACGCCCACGCCCAGACCACGCCCAACGCCCGUACCAGGAAGAGGAGGAAGGGCAGAGAGAACCCGUCGUGCGCUCGCUUUCGUAACCCGGCGUCGUCGUCGUCAUGGCAACGCACUGAGCAACGACGUGCCUUGUUUACGGCGACGACUGAUGUGCUCUCGCGGCGCUGGAUGAGCUCGUCAACGUGCGGGAAGGGGGUCUUCUUCGUACCUGUUGUCGCCAUCAUUAUCAUCACCAUCCGUGCCUCCAUGAAUGUGAUUUGUCCUGUUGAUUGUAUUAUAUUAUUUUCAAAGUUCGGCUUUAACUUCUGGGAAUGUUAA